CGCAUCAUCUGCUCAGGCCGAUUACCAACCCCACCGGCUUCCAGCCCUGUCCGCCGACAGACGCUAUUCUGCUAUAUCAUGGUCUUGAUCGCAGUGAAGGCGUCGGGGAAGAGCUCUGGUGCUCCUAGCGAAAUGCUUGUCGGCCGUCUGAUGUGAUCUGAAGCCGUCUCAUUCCUCGCAAGACGGCCUGGACACCAUUCGCUCCAUUCCGCGAUUCGCUGACGACCCGAGCUGGCCUCCGUUGCCUUCAUCGCGCCCAGGCCAUCUCAACAGAACCCUUCCAACACCGGAAACGGUUGGUACCAGUAUCUCGAACUCCCCGUCAUCCCGCGGUAGCAAUGCACAGCCAGACUUCCUCGUGUUCUUUCCGAACGACGGUGCGGAUCUUGUUGGGGAAACAGAUGUCGAGAACCGUUUCUGUGGAGAGCAGGAACAUUCUUGCGCGCCGGCCUCCUGCGGACUACGUGCCACAAAGGUUUCUUCACGCUGAGACCGUUUGCCCGCCCCCCUUGACUCUCAAGUACUUCGGUAGCGACGUUCCACGGGUCUGAUCCUGAAACGCAAUCGCUGGCCUAGAUCGCGGCCAACCACGAGGUCUCAUGGAACUUGAAUUUGAUUGUUUUCUCCAGGGGCCUUCUCACUUGACGCAAGCAGGGUGACAGGAAGUCCUGGCUUUGUGGUCGAUGAGCUCCUCGAUCUCAGACGUGGUGCCACCUCAAAUCUUUCUGCAUAGCGCAUUUCUGGCGAUUAUAAAACUCGAAUACAAACACAGCACACAUAGACACCUACCAUUCCGUCUCUAGUGUAUCAUCAUUCUCGCGGUUAAUCGCAUGUCCGCACUCGCUCCGCUUCAAAGUUUCCCGGAAGAGCCCCAAGACUCCUGUCCAAGAUGGACCACAUGCUGAAGCCUCCGCAUCCCGGUUCGCGGAGAAGGGAAAAGACUUGGGAGCACCGAGUGGUUGAGCUGAAAUGCCGAUGCAUGAAUGCGCCACAACUGAAGUCGAGAUGGACGAGAUGAGAAGGCGGAGCCCCACCGGCCACGAAUCCGGACAAGAAUACGCCUGACUUGUGUACAUGAUCUGGGAGCGGAUGAACCACUGGCUUGCGCACAUACGAAAGGGAGCGUGAAGAUUCGGCUAGAAUGUGCAAGAGGCGCGAGGGGAACAAUCGCGCAGGCGAGCGACCCGAGACGUUGGUGGAAUGACAGAAUGAGAGCUGAGAGCUGACCUCUAACCGUGACCAUCCACACUGCUCUCCUUCGCACCGGUCAUCUUGACAGGGCGAGGGGCGAGUGUUCUUCGCGAACAAUGUCGCGGCGAAAUGGUCUGCAACAGGGCAAUGCGCUCGAAUAGUGGAGAACGAUUUCGAGCGACUGGUAUUCGAAGACGUGGCACAUCGACCAUUUCCGUUGUGUCCAGAGAGCUCAAACAGAAAGCAACUUCGAGAAAGAACAAACAUCAUGCCAUCCCUGCACGCAAUUAUUUCUUCCGCACGGGCUCUCCAUCCCUCAAAUCCUUCCUCAUUUCGGCCGGGUUUCGACGGUGCUGUGACUUUGGGUUCGAGAUACUGCACCAGCCUGGGGGCAUCGCCGCCGGAUCGAAGACGUGGCUUGCUUCGUUGAUGCUUUUCAUCGGCUUUGUCCCCCCAAUCGCCAGGGCUGACAACAUCGGCUUCCCAUCUGAACACAUACUCCUCAAUAUUCGCGCGCUCUUGCGAUUUCCUUUCCCGCACUGGCCACUCCUUUCCGUCGGGUUCCCGUCACCACGAUAGCCAAAUUUGACGCGCAGCGAUCAAAACUCAUAUACGAGCAUGACCGUCCACGCUAGUGACGAUGAAUAGAGUGGACGAGCCGCUCACAAGAUGGGCUAGUACCAGGCGCAGUACUUGCUCGAAUGCGGCUUCUAUGAUCUCCUUGCAAUGUCACCGGAUGUGGAGCUGCUUGAGCUGGUUACGUGAGCGUAGCCAGGUCCAAUCCCAGAAUCCCAAUGAUAUGGUCCAAGGACGAACAUCUCAGACGGGGAGAGACCAAUCGCCUGGUGUGUGAAUGAGCGACAGACACAGGCUUCAGUGCACAGCAUAAGGUUUGCGCAUCUUCACUCUCGAACGGAGCAGCAAGUUGGGCUUCAUGGAGCGAGGCCAUCCACGAAGACAAUGGCUGUCAUUGAGACGGAGGGCGUCUGCUUGCUCGAUCGAGUCCACACGGAGAUAUGCUUCCUACGGUCGGCCGCAGACAGCCCCGCUCUACUGCUCUCGUUACGCCGCCUCUGGAACCGUUUCCACGCACCCCGUUCCGGGUCGAUAUGCCUAUCGAUUUUCUUUCCUGGAGCGACAUUAUAGUCGUCGCGAGCGUAUGCACUGGAGCAUCAGAUUCUCCGCCACUGGGUAUGACGACAGUCACAGAAUGUUCUCGAGAAAGGAGUUGAGCAGAUGGCCCUGGAUUAUGUUCGCCACUCGUCGCGACGUUGCAAAUCGAAUUUGGGACUCGCCCUGUCCACCGUCCCGGAGGAUUCCAGAGCACUCGUUCUCAUGUGAUGGAGGAGGUCGUGAUGUGGGACGCGAAUGGACGGACUGCGAAGGAAUUGCCAUGGAGGUCCAGCUAUGCAAAGACCUUCGGGAGCGACUCAUCCCCAGGAACUUGGUGGGGUUGGGGUGUGUCAGAUUGAGGACGGAGACCACGAUCAAGCUGACUUUGUCGAUUCUGGCGUCCACUCAGCCGCAUCCAGGCAGUGCCUAUCUUGUGUCGUCUUCGCCUUCCUCCCUGCUUCCAUCUCUGGCAAGUUGUCGACAGAAUGGCCUUUCGCUCUCCGUGUGUGGGAAGACAGAACUCGGGUUUGUAUGCAUCGUCGUUGAUGAGCUUGUCUCAAUCUGCGUGGCAGGCAGUGCUGUGCGUGGGAGCGAUCUAGCAUUGUCGAGGUUGAUUCUGUGGUACGGGUGGCCUGACGGGAACAAGUUGUUUCAUUGGCGAGCUUACACUUCAAUUUGUUUGCACUAAACACCACUAUCGGCUGGUCGCCGCCCUCCCUUACAUAAACACACUUUCCCCGCAUAACACACCAGGCCCGAAUGCUCAGACAAGAUAUCUCCUCGUUCUGGGCAAUCAUGAAUGCUUGCUGACUUUCAUCGAAUCGACUUCCUGGCUAAAGACUUGCUGGGACUGUGCCAUCUUGAUUCGUGCAUGAGAGGAGGGGAUGUCUGUCAUUUCUGUCCCUUUGUCGCGCGCAAACCCAUUGUCUAUAAGACGCGGAUGGACCUUCUGAUCUGCGAGCCAGGAUUUGGCGGUCAAACCGGGGGAACUUCUCCAGCAGACGGGCGGACUAGUCUCUCCCUGCCCCGGGCACGGGCUUUAUUUCCCCGCUUCCCCUAUGAUAUUUACACACAAGUUGCCGAUGACCGAAGUCAAGUCCUAGCCUGUGACACACUCUGCCUGUAUCACGGUGUACCCAGCUCUGACUUUGCCCACUGCGAGUACGCGAAAAGCUCAGGCCGAUCGUCGACUCUUUUCUCCGGAGACGGGAAGGAAUGAUCAGCAUGUGACGUUAAUUUCGUGCCAUUUUCUUGACCUCGCAUUUCACGUCAUGUGUUUUGAUCCAGGAGCAAUUGCCUUCAAGUCGUGGACUAUUCAGACUGGUGACUUGAAGGCUGCCUUCACGCACUCGCACAUGCUCCCCAGUUCCAAGGCGGGAUCGCUUCUGUCGAAUGCCCCCGAGUGGACGAGCCCUCAAUCUCCCGGGCCGCCCCAUCAGAGAGCAUUCGAUCGAUUCUCCUUGGAACACGCAAAGCGAUAUUUGAAGACGAACAAGCUGGCGAGGCAUCUACCGGGUGGCAGCAUUGCCACAGCUCAUGGCUUGCUGGGCAUUGCCUCGUUGAUGAGGAAUCUCAAGUCUAUACGCAGAGGAUUGACGUUGGAAUACUCUCAGUUUCUGUACCCGUCGUUCAGAGCCAGACAAGUAUCUGCAGUAUUGCAGUGAAACACGCGAUCUGAUUAUCAUUUGAAUAAUUCAGUAACCAUGAAGUAUUGAUCCUGGGCUGCUAGCUCUUCCCGAUCUGACGAAGUGAGGUGCCGGCUUUCAACGACGGUUUCACGCCGAACAGCAUCUGUUCGGGAGUUGGGCUAUGCGAAGCCCUGUUUCAGAGUGUUUAGUGCUCAGUUGAGGUCCAAGAGCCUAGCAGUGUGCUAUUCCCACGCACACUAGGGCUUCAACCGUCAACAGCAUCAAGGAUUCGAUGCCGAACUCAUCGAGUAAUGCGCGUGUGUCGGCGGCGCUCAUCACAGACUGGGACUGGUUCCAUCGCUGCAUAAAAGCAUCGAGUCUCGCUGCGAGGCUAGUCCUCCAUCGGUCUCUGACUAUUGCAACCUGAGCCUACAGAAACAUCGAUGUCAUCUCCGUAUACUCAGCCACGCACUCGGGUUUUCGUCGCUUGUGUCAGCUGCCGCAAGUUGAAAGUCAAGGUAUAUUGCCGCUCCGUCUUUUUGUCGCACAUCCACCAACCGGGUUUUCCAGUGCAUGAACAACAACGAAGAUGAUACCCCAUGCGCUCGAUGCGUCCAACGGAAUAUCCAAUGCAUCUACGCUCCAGUCAAUUCCAGAUCAACGGAGAGUGACGAUAGGGCACCUGAUCCGCAUUCGAGAACGGUUUAGAUGACUGAGAUCAGCGGGAUCUACUUUCAGACUUGAAAUCAGGCACUUAGAUGGUGUUUAUCGAACGGCCAUGGACGCUGUAACAACAGUCAUUCAUGCUUGAUCCGUUGAUUGUCGAUGAAUGAGGAAGAAACGAAUAUCACUGGCUGCAUUUCCAAGAAAGAGUGGGAUAAUACUCGGCAUUUCAAUGAGAGCAUGCUAUAUCUCUUAGCCAAGACUUGUUUGUGGAGUCCGUCCACGAGACCCCAUAUACACUCCAGUCCCAAUUCCGGGCAGAUGAAAUACACCAGGAUCUUGUUUUUCGCAUGCUGCGGCCAGCGAGCUCCGCGAGCAAGAAAAUUUUAGAUUCUAGGCAGCAAGCCUACCAGCAUGCUGAGUAAAAUGCGCGAGGUAGAAGUAAGAUGACGGUGAAGCCGAAAAAGGACGAGGCAGUUGUUGCGCUCGCACGGUCCGAAGUAUGAUAGCCAAUGCGGAUGUUUGAUCGAUCAGUCUUGGGGAAAUGACGUCAAUGCCUGCUUCGACUGCUUUUCCUCGCCUAAAAUUCAAGCAAUUCAAUCCUGUCUAGACCACCAGAGCUACCAGUGUGUUAUUGAAAUACGAGGAUUGUGCGCCUUGAAAGCCGGUCAUGAUGUCACUCGAGGCGACUGACCCGUCAUGGAUCUGGUUGAUGUGAUUAAGACUCUUUUUUCUUCUCAUCGACCAGGCUCUCUCUCUCCACCGCUACCCAGGGGCAUCUUGCCCACACAAUGCCCUCACCUACGCGGCCCGUGCGAGACGAGCAACGCAAUCGAACUACUCGUGGUACUGAUUUCGCUCCAUGGCGCGGUACGGACCCCAGGACAGCACCAAGUUUAUCCACACUGACGCUGGAUGUCCAGCAGGGAGUAUCACUAACCCGAAAUCCCGGUGCUUUUGGGCCAUUGAACCACGUCCCCAGUCGCCUGUCCCCCGGUUCCACUCCAUUUACGUCCCACACGUCACUGCGAUCGUCAUUUGGCUCCCCCCACUUAGCGCCUUCGCAGUCCGGCGCUUUCCAUGAAUCAUUGAACCCCUACGUUGCUCCUUACCUGUCAUCCACCACACCAGCAUCGUCUCUCCCGGCGUCGAACUCGGCCCUCUCUGGGUCUUUCGACCACCUGCAUCCUCGAUACCACAUGUAUUCUUCCGGCCGAAUGCCUCUCUCCCCUCCAUCCUUCCCAAGCCAAGAGCAAGACGGCGGGACAUGGAUGUACUUUCCCCCUCCAAGACCGCUGAUACCCGCCCAUCCGGUGCCUCCAAGUCCCCCUCAGCGCACACCCUCGUUGUCCCACCAGCGACGGCCAUAUCACCCAGCCGCGCCGCCGCAUCGAUCGGAGUGGGCUAUGUGGGUCGGAAACAUCCCACGGGACACGGACCAUGACGAGCUCUGGCGUUUCUUCACCCAGCCCCCAUCGGGAGGGGACCCUGCGGGCGUCAGCGCCAGCUCAAGACGCAAUGGCGUGCAUUCCAUCUUCCUCAUUGCCCGUUCGGGAUGUGCGUUCGUGAACUACGACUCACAGAGCCAGCUGUCGGCUGCUAUUUCCCGGUUCGAUGGCAUGGCACUGCGCGCCACCGCCUCGGUCGGCACGAGCAAGGCUGGCUCGCCACUCGUUUGUCGGAUGAGGAAGCAUGAGGAUGACUUGAAUGCUGGAGUUGGAGGCCAGCGCGGGAUGGGGCUGCACAAAAAGUGGGUCAAGGACAAGGGGAAGGGCAAUGGCAAGAACAAAGGCAAGCCGAGUGUCGUGGUCAUGAGGGACAAUUUGCCGAUCGUCGGAGCAAGCGUGCAAAGCUCCGGACAUGCACAGACGGAAAGUGGAGGAAGUUCGGGAUCGGGAUCAAAUGUGUCCACCAACUCAAGUUUCCUCCGCGAGCAUUUUCCCCGACGUUUUUUCAUUCUCAAAUCUCAUACGCAGGCACACCUGGACCUGAGCGUUGAAACCGGUGUCUGGGCAACUCAGAGUCACAAUGAAAGUGUCUUGGACAGGGCGUAUCGGACCUCGGAGGAUGUCUUUCUGUUCUUCAGCGUGAACAGAAGCGGUGAAUUUUACGGAUAUGGACGCAUGACAGGUCCCGUCGAAUUACGACGCAGCAAACCUGUUAAUGAUCCGCCACAUCUAUCGAUCUUCGCUGGUAGCUCGCCGCUGUUCGAUGAAGAUCUUCCUCCGCCGGAAGCUCUACUUCCUCCAUCACUGCUGGAUGACGCCGAAGGCAGCGAACACGAGCUCAAUCAUGAGUUCACGCUUCACUGGAUUUCCGUUGACCGCCUUCCGUUCAGCCGCACUCGUCACAUCCACAACUCGUGGAAUCACGAUAGGGAAGUGAAGGUCUCCCGUGAUGGGACGGAGCUGGAACCAGAUGCUGGAACGGGGCUUUUGGAUGCAUGGAGAGCUCAGCGCGCUGAGCUCCCUCAGCAAGCCACCGCAAACGUGAACCCGCGCCGGAGGAGGCAUAUGGCACAGCCGUCAUUGUCAUUUUCUGCCAGUCCUGUCAGCCGGUGAACCCUUGGCCAUGUGUUACUCUCCUACCUACUACUGUAUCUUACUUCCUGUUGUGAUGUCAUUUCCGUGCCACAACGUGUUGUUACGAAACCAUGUUAUAUAAGCAGUAUCGUAAAAUCGCUCCAUGGACCAAGCCUUCGGAUGGCCUGAUUCGACCCCAAUCGGGUUUCCGAGAGUAGCAUUGACAUAUAUAUCCGGAUGCAUUAUGUACAGUCUCCAGCAAGUCAUGUGAACCGUUAAGAUGCAUUUGUUAUGGCAAAUGAUUAACUACAAGAUUGCACGCGACUUGAGUACAGCGGUGAUUUCCAUUGCCAUGACGUCAUUUCUACGGAA